GGAUCGUCAAUGUGUAAAACUGUUAUUGUCAGACAUGCGUUUAGUGUGUGUGAGGGAGUUCUUAAUUAACCAUGUUUAACGUUGUGAUAUUUGUACUUCUAUGUAUUGUGACUGUUGUCUCAUGCAGAGAGAUUCAGCCAAGUGAUAAUCAGCAAAUAUGCUUACCGUUCAAUGCUUAUAUCAUCUGGGACCGAAGCAAUGAGGAAGAUACAUUUGAUGUUCAAGUACAUUAUGUUCUACAAAUUAUAGACAAUACACCUGAAGGAACCAGUAUUCGUUUGGACACGGUAGAUGAAAAGUUAAGAAAUGUAAUGGACACUAUUAAAGUAAACGGCCAAAAGCAAGACUGGAUUCACAGUACAACCAAUGUUACUCAAAGACUAUCCGAAUACAAUAUAAUUUCAUACAACUCUUUAAAGGAAGCCAUAUCAAGUAACUUUCAGAAAAAUGAGACAGUAGCUGAAGAGAUAGUUUUCAUUGUUAAUGACAAGUCAGAGAUAGAUGACGAAGAAAGGGCAUUUAGGGAAUUGAAGAGGAAAAAGGUGUUUGUCGUAUUUCAUGGAACCAAAAGUCAAGCAUCUAAAUUCUGGACAAAUCCCGCGACGGAUAAACACCAUGUACUUAAACCAAACGAAAAUAUUGACGAGAAUAAAGAUGCCUUUCUAAACCUAUCAUGUCGAGGUAAUAGCUAA